AUGGUUUUCGCCUCUGCGUUUGGAGCCUCCUGGCCGGCUGGUCUGCUUGCUGCAUUCGGCGCUGUGGCUGCUUCGACAUUCGUAUAUGUCAUCUACCAGCUCUGGUUCCAUCCUUUGUCGAAAUUCCCGGGCCCGUUCUGGGCCAAGAUGACAUGUCUCUAUUCCGGCUAUCACGCCUGGAAGGGAGAUUUGCACCUGGACAUGCUUAGAUGCCACGAGAAAUACGGAAAUUAUGUCCGCUACGCACCGAACCAGGUCCUCUUCAACACUUCCAUUGGCCUUCACGACAUCUACGGCUUCGGGCGCAACACCCAGAAAUCGAAGCUCUACAGCGCUAUGGUUCACCGCGCCCCUAACACCCUUACACUCAUCGACAAGAAGGCCCACGGCCGCAAGAGACGUAUCAUCAGUCAGGGUCUAUCCGACGCUGCGCUGCGCCGAUACCAGCCAGCCAUCCUCAAGCACAUCACCGAGCUCUGCACCGUGCUCACAGGAACUACUCCUGGAGAGUGGUCUAUUCCGCGAAAUGUCGCCCACUACUUCAACUUCCUCACCUUCGACAUCAUGUCCGACGUCCUCUUCGGUGAGCACUACAACAUGGUCACGAGCGAAGAAAAUCGCUACGUCGUCAAAGCCAUCGAGGACUCCAACGUCCGGACCUCCGUCCUCGCGCAAGCCCCGAUCCUCGCCUUCCGCCGCUGGGACCGCAAGCUCUUCGCACAGUCCAUCCUCGCCCGGAACAAGUUCAUCCAGUUCGUCAACGCCCUCCUGCAACGCCGCUUCAAGGCCGCCAAGUCCGCCCGCCAGGACGUCUUCACCUUCCUCCUCGACGCAAAGGACCCCGAAACCCAGCAGAGUCUCUCCCUCGCUGAGAUCGGCGCCGAGACUACCACCCUCGUCGUCGCCGGCUCUGACACCUCCUCCACCGCCUUCUCCUCCUGCCUGUUCUACCUCUCCCACAACAAAGAAUGGUACGACAGGGCCGCCACGGAAGUACGCAACGCAUUCACCUCCACCGAAGAAAUCACCCUCGGCCCGCGCCUCUCCAGCUGCAUCUACCUACGGGCCUGCAUCGACGAAUCCCUCCGUCUGUCCCCGCCCGCCGGCUCGGCGCUCUGGCGCGAAGUCGGUCCCGGCGGCGCCACCUUCGACGGCCACUUCGUGCCCGCGGGCUACGACGUCGGCACGGGCAUCUACGCCAUCCACCACAACGAAGACAACUACCCUGCUGCAUUCAGCUUCCGGCCCGAGCGGUGGAUUCUCUCCGGUGCCGAGGGCGAUGUCUCUGCUGUCACUGCCGCGUUUAAUCCCUUUAGUAUCGGUCCUCGUGGCUGUAUUGGGAAGGGGCUCGCGAUUGCGGAGUUGACUCUGGGGUUGGCGACCAUGCUCUGGAAGUAUGAUUUUGUGUUGAGUGAUAAGAUGCUGGAUCUGGGGGCGGGGAGGAAGGGCUUGGGCGAGGGCAGGGAGAGGGAGACGGAGUAUCAGCUUUAUGAUCAUAUUACGGCGUCGAAGGAGGGGCCUAUGGUUAGUUUUAGGGAGAGGGUUUUGUAG